AUGAAUAGCAGUGGUCUUGUUUUGGAACUCCUCUGCAAUCUACGAUGGGUUUUGUCGUACAUAGUACAACGCCUAGACCCAAUAGUGGAGAAGCACUACGGGCGUACAAUCGAACAAGCGAAACGGAUGGAAUCUGCAGUGUCUCGAUCAUUUGCCAAUGCACAAUCCCUCUCCGAUCUUCCACCGGAGGUUCUCACUCUGGCACAGGAGGGUGUGGUUUACCUUCUCGUUGCAGAAGGCGUGCUUGGCUACUGCCCACCCACAAUGCAUUCGUUUUUGCUUCGCGGAGCAUCGUCCUGUGUUUCAGAAGCAUUUAGUGGCUGCUUUAGCGGCAACAGCAGCGCUAGUUCCGCUUGUUCAAAGAUACACUCAACGGCGAGUAACUACCAGGCUCAGUUUUUAGUUGUACGGUGGCUGACGGAGGAAGGAAUCCUGACAGAUGAGGAGUUGCUCGAUGCGAUGGAUGAGGGAGGCGAAGUCCCACUGAAUAAGCAAGAAAGUCGCUUUGGUUUACAUAUGGCAAUGGCGGAACGCCUUUCAGUCGAAUGUUCCUUUUCAGUUCAGGCACAUGUCGUUCUCACUCGAUCGCUUCUCCUGUACUACUGCUCAACACUGAUUACUGUGGAGGACGUUGAAUUACAUCUCAACUUCCUGGACCCAACGUGCGAAAAGGAAUUAACCAACAUGGAGAGUGCCCUUUUACUCUGGCUACUCUGCCUACUGAAGAACAUGCAGCGGGGAGGGACGAUAAAUGAUCAAGUGUUUCGGGAACUUAAAGGGUCCGCUGAUUCCUUGUACAAGACCGUUCAGAGCGGCACAGUAUUAGCUCUUGUGAUGAGUUUCUACAAGCCACAUUUGCUUCCACCGAGUAGUAUUGACGCACGUGCAAGCAACCCAUCGGAAAUGCUGCGGCAGCAACAACAUUUCGAGCACUGGGGAAAGACGCUUCGUGUAGCAGAGGAGCUGGGGCUUUCUCCAUGUCUGUAUGCAGAUGAGGCUGGACAAUAUGGUUCAGUUGUCCUUCAGCUUCAUGUUCUUAGAUUUAUAGGGGAGUUGUUCGCAAUGCUGGCCACACAAGCGGAGGAUGUAGAAGGUUUUUGUGCUUAUGCUGUCCGGUCGCAGAAACUUCACGCCUCAGCUGACUGUCAGCGUUGGUGUAGUAUGAUGGGUAGCGAUCGGAGUGGAGGUCAUGCGGAUGGGUCGAUGAAUGUGAAUGGCAUGGAAUCGUCGUGUGAAACCUUUCGAGACGCGGAGUUGUCACAACGCAAAGGUGAUAAUGAAGACAGUGCCGUUGACCACACGAGGUCUAUUAACAGCUCUGUCGUUUAUAGUUGUUUCCCCUCCGCCCACAACCGCCGUCAAUACGAUGUGAUGAAAGCGAGUCUUUUACGUAGUGGGGAGAACGACAUGGCGGCGCCCAAAUACUGUUCCAGUUCUGGGAAGCACUGUGAAGCGCGAAACGUAAGUAGCGUUGAAGGGCACGUGGAUUUAGGGGUUGAAGAAUCCUUUGCAUCGGAAGGUCUUGUUCCGUCGGCAAGUGGGGCCCACCGGUCACCCACUGCUGCUCCUUCGUAUGCGGGACUAGUUGAUUCUUGCCGCACAAGAACAAGGACGUCUGUUGCUAAAGUAUGGUGGAGCAGCGAUGAGGGAGACGUGGAGGUGUUUUCGCACUCAACCUCAGGAACGGGGAACGAUGUUUUUCUCAACUCCACAAUUGUACAAGCUCCCUCCCUACCGAGCAGUGGUUGCGCUAACUCAAGCGUCUGCAUGCAGCAAAGAGGAUGGAAGCCACGUGACAGCUCGCUCCACCCCCCAGCGCCGUUCAACAUUGAAGAAAGUGACGGGAGUGGAGCAUCCCCACGCUUUGGUCACUCAGACAUGCUAUCACCUCUAAGCAGUACCGCAUGCGAGGCGGAAGUUGUCGUGGGAAUCGAUGGAUCGCGUAUCACAUCAGAAAAUAGUUUCCGCAUCAACACUGUAGAAAGAGGGUACACCCCUCAGGCAAGUAGUUCUGGGCUUUCCCCCCUCACACCUGUUGAAACGACUGACCGUGGUACAAUUCCAGUGGACAUGGCAAUUCAGAAAAAUAAUGACGCCAAAAAUGGCACGUUCCCGCGCGCACCACAUAGUGGGGCGCGGGAACAAAUGCAAAACUGUCCGCCGAACGAUGAAUCGGAUGAUGAUGCCUUGCUACGGGAAGUUUACUCACUGUACCCUGCUCUGCCUACUAUUGACAGCCGUCAGAAGCUUCUUGAAACAUUGGAACACCAGCAUGUUUUGAUCAAACGCCUUACCCAAAAGCUGUUGGAAGCAAAGAAGGCAAGCCCUUCACCGGCCGGACUUGCUCCACCAGAAGUCGCCGAUCCAAACCGGACGCUUCCAUCUAUCAUGAACAAAGCAAAGGAACGGUUCCACCACGAAAGCGCAGCUGGUCGAAUGGGUAACGAGAAAAUGAAUUCCGAAAAAUAG